AUGGCAAACUACUUAAACGACCCCGCGCUCUAUAUCUACACCUCCCUUACUGCCGGCUCAUCUCACAUUGUUACGGCAACAUCACGUCUCGAGACCAUCUUACGCGCCAACCGCAUCCCCUUCAAAGCUAUCGAUAUCGCCGUCGACACGAAGGCUCGUUUGCUAUGGGGCCGAAGAGCCGGUAAAGACUCGAAUGGUCGCGCGAGGAAGCUCCCUGCCCUGAUUCAGGAGGGCUGGGUUGUAGGCGAUAUUGUAGAAAUCGAAGAAUGGAACGAACGCAGCGAACUUAAGGAGCAGGUCAAGAUUCAUUUCGACGAAUUCACCAUUCCUUCGAUACACGAUAAGCUUCCCGAUGACUCCUUAAUGCGACCCGUCUACCCCAUGCCCAACAAAGGCCCUGUUUCCCCUGCAGCCAUUGCUAUGAAAUCUGCCGCCAGUGCCGCGGCUGCUGCCGCCGCCUCUCCGAAGCUCGCCCCUACUGCGCCUCCGCUACCCGCGACCAAGACGGCAACCCCUGGUGCAGCAAAGACUUCAACGGCAUCGAAGGCGGAAGAGAAGGUCUUACCUGUCCGAUCUGUCGCCGACGAAGCUGCGCAAAAGGCUAAAGAGCUUCGCCUGAAGGCUCUGCGAGAGAGAGUUCGCAAAGACAACGAAAAGAAAAAGGAUGCAGCAAGCACAGAGGACUCAAAGGCAACCGAAGAGUCCACAAAGCCCGAGGAGACCCCUGUUCAGAUCUCGAUAGAUAGCAAGAUAAACGGGAUCCAAUCACCGACAUCUGGAUCGUGGGCUGAGACUGAUGCAGCACGAGAUGCUAUUCAAAGCCCGACUAGUGGCACAUGGAAGGAUGGCAGCUCAGAUUCCACCUCCGCCAUGAAACGACCCAGUGUUGAGGUGAGCUCGGAAGAAUCCAAGGCUAUUGAAGCCAAGACGGCAAUAAAGGAGGAGCCAGAGUUAGAAAAGAAGGCGGAGGUGUCGGAUGACGAAGAUGAUUCAGAAGAUGACACCGAGUCUGAUUCCGAAGAGGACGAAGAGGAAGAUAGUGACGAGGAUAGUGACGAUGAAGAGGAUAGUGAAGAGGACGAAGAGAAAGUGAAGAAAGAGCUCGAGACAACCACGGCCACAGCUACGGACAAGGUUGAAGACGAGGUUAAAGAAGAGGCCGUUGAGGAGGCUAAAGAAGAAGAAAAGGCAGAGGUGAAGAAAGAGACAAAGAAGGAGUCGAAGAAGGACCCCAAGAAAGAUACUAAGAAGGAUGCCAAGAAAGAUGCCAAGAAAGAUGCCAAGAAAUCUUCCAAGCACAGCAGCAAGGACACCAAGAAAGAGUCCAAGAAGAGCUCUAAAGACACCAAGAAGGAUGCUAAGAAAGAUUCCAAGGAUCCGAAGAAAGAAGUAAAGAAGGACUCGAAGAAGGAUUCUAAGAAAGACUCCAAAAAGGAAUAUAAGAAGGAGUCCAAGAAAUAG